AAGGUGGGUUGGCACGUGCAGAAAAAGGCCUCAUCUCCGCGAUCAUGACCGCCUACAACACUCACUGCAACUUGGUGAUCAGCCCUGAUGACGUGUGGUUGGCCAUCCUCGCCCAGUUCUGCGCGUACGUGAACAAAAACGCGGAGGGACUACGGGACAGGAUCGUCCAACACGAGGGCAAGAAGGAGCUCGUAGUAGCAAGUGACGGAACGCUGCGUACCGCGGACUACCCGCGUAUGAUCAGGGAUUUGUUGGGGCUAAUCAGGCAGAACAUCAAGUCACCCGAACUCGCUGACUGGUUCCGGCCGGGCUUCUCAACGACAACGGAGAGGGACGAGGUGUGUGCUGCGGCGACGGCGAUGGCGAGCCUGCAGGGGUACUUCGAGUACAGCUUCAUGUGCGGGUGUGGCAUCCCCUCGGUGACCCUCAGGGGCACAGUGGGAGACUGGAAGCUGCUCCGGGAGAAGAUCGAGCGCCUUCUCGAGUUCGAGGUGGACGGCAAUCCCGAGGAGGACAAGGUCAUGCAGAUAUGGGUGGGGUACCUGCGCAAGGUGUGCGACGGGUUCGUGAAGUCAGCGGAGCAUCCUGGGAGCCCGGAAACACUCGAGUUCUGGGACAGGGUUCUCACAGAUAAACGCCAGGGCUCGGGGGUGAACUACAUCACGGGCUGGGUUUCCGCUUUCACAUGCUUCAACAGUGACGGCAAGUUCCUCGGAAAGCACACGAAGCUCAGGCCAAACCGUCUGUGA